AUGUUUUUCUUUUUGUUGUUACAGGAACUUGUAAAGGACGUAAAUGAAGCUGUAAAGAAAGUAGAAAAAGGUAAUUACGCGUUUAUUCACGAUCAGAUCGUCAACGAGUAUUAUGCCGGAAAGAACUGCGACCUCCUCUCUCAUAUUCAACCCAUCGGCGACAAGACCUACGCUUUUGCCUUCCCAAAAGGAGCUCCAUACCGAGAUUACCUUAACUGGGCCCUAUUGAAACUUAAAGAAGAUGGAGAUUUGGACAAACUGAAAAAAAAGUGGUUGACACAGAAUUGUACAAAACAUUCGGAGAGAUCUUCAAACAAUUUAGCCGGAGCUACUUUACGCUUGAAAGACAUGUCGGGUCUCUUUUAUGUGAUGGGUGGUAGUGCCGCUAUCGCCACCAUGUUUGAAUUUGUGCGACAAAUUCGCCUCUUUUUAGAAAGGAAAUUCAAGGUAUUCUUUUUUAAUUAUUUCUAUAGGGUUCCACUGCUAUUUUAA